GUGUGCGCUGCUGGCAGGUGGACCUGGAUGUUUCUGUUCUGGAUCAACAGCUGAAGCUCUUUGUGUCGAGACAUUCAGCACUCCUGUCAGAAGACACUCCAGGUCAGGAACCUGCUGAGUUCUGCUGAUCUGGACCUGAAGACCUGCCUCACCCUCAGCUGUCCAGACUCUGGUCUUUGGAAGGAUCCAGACCUUCAGUCCUACAACCUGCAGGACUUUAUAAGCCUCAGAAUCAAUCCAGAACCUGUUCUGCCUGAGAUGGAGGGUCUACAGGAGUUCACAGAGUACCUCUCAGAGUCUCUGGAACCUCAGUCUCCCUUUGACCUCCUGGAGCCCCCYAGCACAGUGGGCUUCCUGAAACUGUCCCGCCCCUGCUGCUACGUCUUCCCUGGGGGGAUGGGGGACUCGGCCUUCUUUGCAGUUAACGGUUUUAACGUUCUGGUGAACGGCGGCUCGGAUUCCCGCUCCUGCUUCUGGAAACUGGUCCGUCACCUGGACCGGAUUGACUCUGUGCUCCUGACCCACAUCGGCGUGGACAACCUUCCAGGGCUGAACAGCCUGUUGCUGAGGAAGGUCUCUGAACAGGACCAGGAGGCUGCUGGAUCUGUGUCUGAGGAGGACUGGAUGAAGAACCUGAUCUCCCCAGAGAUGGGAGUGGUCUUCUUCAACGCUCCCAGCAGACUGAGGUCUGUCCAGCUGGAUCCCUGCGAGCUGCGGAGCUUUGACCAGGCAGCACUGACUCUGCAGUACCUACAGCAGCUGGCAAUCAAACCACAACCUCUGAGCAGGCCCAGCGGACCCUCCAUUGAACCACUGAUUUUGUUUCAGAAGAUGGGAGUUGGUCGUCUGGAGCUGUAUGUCCUGAACCCGGUCAGCGGUAGUAAAGACCUUGAAGGUUUGAUGCAGCUUUGGCCCGAUGGUGGCUCAAAUGUAAAGACUUGUGACAUUCCYGUACCGUGCCUCGUUUCCAUAUGUGCUUUACUGGUCUGGCAUCCGUCCAACCCCAUGGAGAAGAUCAUACGAGUUCUCUUCCCUGGGUGCACACCACAGACCAGAAUCCUGGAUGGACUUGAAAAACUCAAACAUCUGGACUUCUUCAAGCAUCCCUCUGUGUGUUUGAAGGACCUUGAAGAAUCAAAAGUUGAGAAGCAACCAAAGCAUGCAGAGAGUCGAGAAAGCCUUAAGUCCCAGUCCAAGGACCUCAGACCAAGUAGUGCCUUACAGAAAGACAAACCUGUAGAUGUCAAAAAACACGAGCCGAAGACAAAACCUAAACCUGCGGGUGAUGCUACACUCAAAGACCGAAAAGAUGCUGAAGAAAAGCCCAAACUGAAGGACACCGAUGCCAAACCCAAAACAGCCAAACCUGAGAAGCUCAGUGCAAAGAAAGAUAGAUCAAAGGAGGACAAAAAAGAGCUGAAGAAGGAGGAGAAGGUCUCUGCAGAGGUCACAGAGAAGAAGAAAGACGUGGCAAAGAAGGACAGUGUAAGUUUAAAGAUGAAGAAAGAUGCUCGAGUCGAACCAAAGAGAGACAUAAAAACAGAGGAGAGGAAACCUGUGAAGACGACCUUAAAGGAAGCAAAGAAAAGCUCAGGAAGUCCAGACCAAAGGAAAGCUUCAGGGAAAGGUGGGACGUCAAAGAAGGAUGGGACUAUUCCAAUGAAGGACUCAAUCAAAGCAACUAAAGACAAGACCAGGUCCAAGGACAACCAGAAGAAGGUGGAUCCAUCCCUGCCAACUGGAUUUGGAAGACUUGGACUAGAUGGUGAGAAUGGAAACAGUUGUUCUGAUGGAACCCCAGCCCAGCAGAGCCAGACCUCCACCAUAGAAAGUCCAGAAAAGUUCCGGUCUCUGGUUAUGGACCAGAGUACCUGCUCAGCUAAAGGUGAUCUCAAUGAGAACUUUGACCUCUCUCCACCUGUACACCUGUUGACUGAGGAGUCCUUGAUAAGAACCAGUUCUGAGGAGAAGACCCUGGAACUUGUCUCCCCAGCAGAUUGUGCUCUGAACAGUGUCAGAUACACCCUCGUCCAUCAGUCUCCUGAAGAGGACACUUCUGGUACUGGGAAGGACCUUGGAGGAAAAGCAUCUAGUCUGGGCUGUGAGGACUACAAUCACAGAGGUACUUGUAGACCGUCAGACCUCAGCUCCCAGGUGGAAGACCUGAAGAGCUCCCCAUGCUCUCAGAAGUCCAGCCUCCUUGGCUCAGUCCAGGACAUAAUGCCAGACUCGUCCUUAACCAUGUCCUCCAUGCCAUGCUCUAAUGGUCACAUCAGGGGUUCGGACUGCAGGUCCACCCAGAACGGACUUAUCAAAGCCAACGACAAUAUUCACAAGAUGUCAGAACUCACCUCUGAUGUCCCACAUGAUGUGGACCUGUGCCUAGUUUCUCCCUGUGAGUUCCAGCACCCCAGAGCUCCAGAGAACCACCAGCAGCACCCGAGUCCCAGUCUCACCACUGCUACCUUGCCAGACCUGUCAGAACCUGACGACUGCUCCCAGGACCAGAUGAGCGAAGACUGCCCCUCAGCUUCUUGUCAGGAAACUCCGCCCACUUCACUUAGCCACUCCCCACCAACAGUCACAGACUCUGACCCCGCCCCCAGGACCGUGGACUGCACAUCCACUGCAGAUCUAGACUCCAAUGAAGACUUUGGCAGCGUCUUCAUGCACAGGGUAGACCAGCUGUCCUCCCAUGACCCGCCACCAGCUCCGGUCAAAGAUUUGCCCCCCCUGCCUCCCCAACCCGGAGCCUGUAUGACAGACCCUGAGGCCGACAAGACCCUGAAGACCUCUGGGGCCAGGCUCAAACCCCUGCAGAGAACCGCAGCAGGAAGUAGCUCCGCCCAGAGCGGGAGAUCCAAGACCGUGUCUUCUGGGUCUCUGAAGAUGAGCCUUGAAACCAAACCUUCAUCUCGAAGUUCACUUGGUGGAUCCAGAGUUGUACCUGCAAGACCACAAGCCUCAGGUUCCAGAGCUGCUGCUUCUAAUGUGGCUGCAGUUUAUGUAGACCUGGCUUACCUGCCGUCUGGCCCCGCCUCCUCCACAGUGGACCAGCACCUGUUCAGGUGYGUGCGCUCAUCGUAUUACAUCAUCAGUGGUGACGAUCCGCUGAAAGCAGCCACAAUCAGGAGCACCCUGGACUCUCUGCUGGAGGGGAAGAGCCACUGGCCCGAUGUCCCGGUGACCCUCAUCCCGACCUUUGAUUCCCUGGCGAUGCAUGAGUGGUACCAGGAGACACAUGAGCGCCAGCGGGAGCUGUCCCUCACCGUGCUGGGCAGCAACAGCACCGUCGCCAUGCAGGACGACACCUUCCCCGCCUGUAAGGUGGAGUUCUGAGCUCAGACUCCGCCCACCUGACGUUUGACAUCACUGUAGCACAGUGAGCAUGCUCAGUCUGUACAGGUGUGCUUUCCUCACCUGUAACACAUCACACCUGUUGGAUCMGAACAUCAGCUCACUUUAAAGUGUGUGCUUCAGGAAGUAGCUCUGCCCUGAGCGGGAAAAACAAAACCAGUUCCUGUCAGAACGUAGAACCUCCAGGAACCAAAGAGGUUCUCCUGUUAAAACGUAGAACCUCCUGGAACCAACAAGGGUUCUCCUGUUAGAACAUAGAACCGCCCGGAACCAAUGAGGUUCUCCUGUUAGAACAUAGAACCGCCCGGAACCAAUGAGGUUCUCCUGUUAGAACAUAGA